AUGGCACUUGUAGAAACUAACAUAAAAAGCUCUCUGCACCAUCGCAGCAGCAGCUUGCCCACUGCACCAAACCCCAUUUUAUCACAAAUUGAGGAGCAUUUGCACAGAUUGAAGCAUCCUGAAGCCACCACUUCUUUGUCAUCAUCUUCAAUAAGUCACAGACUCAAUGACUUGCAGGAUUUGCAAGAUAGAAUACAGUUAAAGAUUGUCUUCUGCAAUCAAAGGAUAGCAUGCGCGAAUUUCUCAGUUAUCCGCAGGAGGAGAGAUGCUGAAACUGGAUUCACAAUUGAGGGUGGCAAAUACUUGGCAUGUAGGAACAAGAUGAAGAAGGCAAUUGGAAAUGCCUUAAGAGACUUGAGAGCCAUAAAAAAUGAGUUCACAGUUUCUUCCUUAAACAAAGGCAAGGAGAACUUUUCCAUGCUUAGCAUCUUAAAAGAAGCAGAAGUGGUCACAAUGAGCUCAUUAGAAUCUUUGUUGAUUUUUCUUAUUGGCCCCAAAAGUCAGUUAAAGCAAAGCAGGUGGUCAGUAAUCUCCAAGCUUGUGCAGCCUAAAAGAAUUUCCUGUGAGUCUCAAGUGUCAGACACUAAUGAAUUCGAAAUGGUUGACACAAUCUUGAAGCUUCUCAUCAGUUCAAAGCCUUCAAGUAUUAAGAAUUUUCAAAGCCAUGUGUGCAUUGAAGGUGUUGAAGUUGGAGUCGAACGCCUCUCAAGACAACUAAUUAGAACCAGAGUUACCUAA